AUAAGCAUUGUUCUAAUAAUAUUAAUCAUUGUCGUAUUAUUAUUUUAAUUAUAUAAGUUUUAUCAUAAUUAAUUAAUUCUUAUUGUAAUAAUAUAAUCAUGCUCUCACACAUUGUGUUGUGUAGUUACGUUCGCGUCCGCUAGGAGGCGAGCAUAGGUAGCGGCGCACUCGCAAGAGAAAUUGCGACCCUGCGUUUUUAAGUAUGACUGGCUGUGGAGCUCGCAGCUACGGAUAUAUUUGACAAAUUUUCCAUGUCAGUACUUUCUACAUUUGCAAACAGUUCUUCUUAGGACUACUUUUUCAAUCACUUUUUUUGAGAAAUACUUUUUAAAUCAGUUCUUUCUUGUGACUACCCUUCAGAACAGUUUUUUCAAGAUUACUCUUUGAAUUAGUCCUUUUAAGGACUAUCUGUAACGAUGAGCACUAUUUCUCAAAAAUUGAGGCAUGGUGAUAGGUGUGUUAAUCCUUUUAUGACCAAUGACGCUGAUAAUCGUAUCGGAAAAAACUUACGUUCCAUUACUUCGUCAUUGCUCAAAAAAUUCCCUUCAUUAGAUCCGAAAUCAAAAAUUUGCCAUUCAUGUAGAAAGAGAGCAUAUGCAUUGAAUACAUCCGAUCUUGAUGUCAGUGAUGAAAACCUCAACACCACUAAUCUUAGUACUGAACAAUCAGAAGGGAAACGUUAUCAAAAAACGAUUUCAAGAGAAGAAGAGUUGGAAGAGAUAUUGAAUGCUUUGAAAGAUAAGUUCUCCAGCUUACCAUACAAUGACCCUGAUCGAAUGCGCAUAUUAACUAUCGCUCCUCUAAGUUGGUCCAUUCGAAAGAUUGCGUCAAAGUUCGGUACCACAAUACACAUGGCUAAAAAAGCGAAAGAUCUCAGAGCUUACCCGACGAGACAGUUGAGAAAGUGAAACAAUUUUACGUCAAUGACUCAAAUAGUAGAAUCAUGUCCGGAAAAAAAGAAGUAGUUUCUUUAAAAAGUGAUGGGAAAAAAACUAUA